AUGUCCUCACUUAGACUUGCGGCGUGCGAGGCCUGUCGCAAAGCCAAGUUGGCAUGCGACCACCAACAGCCGGUAUGUUCGCGCUGUCAGCGUACUCGAGGCGUGUGUAUCUACCGCACGGCCCCAUUCAAGCGGCGGCGGGUUGAAAAACCCAGUGUACGAUCGCCGGACCCGUCACCCUCUUUUGAGGCCCGACGCAAUUUAUAUCCAAACCCAGGGUACUUAGGCUCGUCGAGCCAUGCGGCUAUCUUUAAACAUAUCACUCCGUCGACAGAUGGCGAGCAAGCUACUGGUGGUGGUCAACUGCCUGGCGCGGACAAUGUGGGCUCCCAGGGUAUCGACGACAAUCACCUCUUGUGGCAAGGUGCAGAGGUCCUCCGACAUUUAUUGACGACUUAUUCUCUCGAUGCGAUGAAAGAUCUCGUUCUGUUUUGGCUGGCCAAGGGUGCAAAUCUAGCUCUUGCAGAACUGUUUGUCGCGCAGUGUGCCGAAAGUGUCACUCAAUUGUUCACUUCACAUGACGAGAAUUGGCACUUUGUGUUUGCGCAGCGGCUGUUGCAAAACUCGGCCCAGCCCUUGCAGUUUGAUGCCUCGUCGGAUCUUGAGAGCUUUGCCGCGCAAUUUCUCAAUCACCAAGCGCGAUGGGAGACAGUGGGAAUCUUUUUUGCCGCCGUGAGCCGAGCAACGAUCGAUAUUCCCUUCUUCCCGCUUCUGUACAACUCGGAGGAGCGACAGUUUACUUUGCGACGACUUGCGACGAAGCUCUGUGAUUUUUCAUUAGAGAUUUCUCUCUCGCUGGACUGUCUCAAUGACCUCCAGCUGAUCGUGCAAUAUGAGAAUUUCAUCCUUCAUUCUUAUGUGGACGGAGAUCAAAGCUAUCGCACGUGGCGCAAGCUCGGAGAUGUAAUCUCCUCGACUUUUGCGCUCGGCUAUCAUGAGAAUCUGGAGAUUAAGCCCCAAAUUCCACUUUUCCUGAUCGAGUUACGCAAGACGGCGUUUGCGCGGAUUUAUUCUGCGGACAAGAACAUCGCAAUCUUCUUGGGACGUCCUCCGCGAAUGACGAAACGGUUUUGUCAUUUUCAGAUUCCUUCCGAUGGAGUCAUCCUACGCUCUUCCGGCGGCCGUUUCACCUGGAAUCCGACCGCGGAGACUGGAUACAGGGCCGAUACUUGUUGGUCUGCACUUUGUGCCUCUCUUAAAGAAGAGAUUUGGGAACUUUUGCAAGAUAAACACGAUGUCGAUUGUGUGAGGCGGGCAAGUCUCAUUCAGCAGAAAGCCGAGGAACACUGGGAGUCUCUGCCGCCCCAAUUCCGCCUCCAGGGGAGCCUCAAGCAAUGCGCACAAAGCUCAUUCAGUCGAGACUUUCUUGCCCAUGUUCGACUCAAUCAUCUCCAUGUUCUUUUCCUGCUGAGACUCUUGCUGCUCAAUACCCCCAGCGAGCCUGAUAAUCACAUCGUGCAAACAGCGGGACAAAUGCUUGCUCUGGUGGUGGAAUUGAUUCUCCUUCGAGAUCAGCUGACAAAUUCGGGAACGGGUCUUAUCUGGAAGGUCGCCUACUAUGGUCUCCCAGCUGCGGGGAUCAUUCUGCUGGCAUUGCUCAAACAACACUCCCACUCUUUACCGGGAAUCUCUCAAACCAAGUCUCUACGUGAUCUGAGUGUGUUCGUUGCCGAGGUUCAAAUUGGAACGUUGGUCAAGGUUGGCGAUCCUAAUUACGCACUGCUGUCCAAAGCCACGCACACCAUUCAGAGAUUUUUGGACUCGUUCACUUCAGACGCUAGUCAUCCUCAGUAUAGCGGAACCGAUGAUACCAACGAAGAUUGGGCGGCUCUGUUGAGCCAGGAUCUGUGGGAUUUCGAGGCUGGCUUCUGGCAAAAUCUAGCGGAUCACCCGUCGCUCUUGGUGCUGGAUCCACCUCUGCCAGGUGCUUAA